AAACGCGCGGGGGCGGUUGCAGAAAGUCGGAAUCGUGCGGCCCAAUCCAAGCGUGGCAGUGUCGUCACCCAGCGGCGCGGGCGCAGACGUGGUCCGUUGUUGGGGAGCGCCGAGCAGAAGCAAGAGCGGCGUGCUUCGGGUUCCGGGUGGCUCCGAGGAUGGUUCUUCGGCGGCUGCUGGGCGCCCUGCUGCACAGCCAGCAGCUGGUGGAGCGUCUGUCCGAGUCGCGGCCGAUCCGGCGCGCGGCGCAGCUCACGGCCUUCGCACUGCUGCAGGCCCAGCUGCGCGGCCAGGACGCGGCCCGGCGCCUGCGACGCCUCGCGGCUGGGCCCGCGGGCUCCCUGGGCCGCCGGGCUGCCCGCUUCAAAGACACCUUCACUCAGGAGCUACGCCGCGGCCUCCGGGAACGCCCGGGGCCACCACCAGGUAGCCGGCGGGGCCCGGGCGCAAACCCCUGAACCCGGGCUGGGCUGGGCCGGGCCGAGGUCGCCUGCUUUCCCUUCUAGGCUCGACACAGGCCUCGGCGCUAAGGAGUCACCCCGGGCACUGCGCGCGGCUUCGAAUCCUGACUCAGAUCGUCGGCCUGCCGGGGUCCCACUGGCCAGAGCUGGGUGAAGCCCUGUGAUCCGACAGGGCACCGUGUGUGAAGGAAGCCCCCGAAGCCUGAGAGGAAGAAAGAUAGGCUGGGCCUGGAUACAUCACGGACAGGGAGCCACGGACCAAACCUCAGCCCGAAAGACAGUCUGCCCUCCGCGAAUGGGACUAAAACUCGUGGUCUAUGAUGCUGCCUCUGCACUGAUGUGCUAGCAGGGCGUGACUUCCAGGGGAGAUCAUGGAUGGGAAGACAGCCCUGCAGCUGCCAAAAUCCUCUGAUUAAAUGUGUGAGCUGGGUAA